CUGAGCGACGCUCCGGCUCCACUCCCGGCUCUGUCUCUGCUGAUGGCUUCUCCGCGUCAAAAUCCGCGACACAUUUUGUCAGCAGCCACCGAGCAUGGGUCCCUUUGGUAAUAGAAUAGCCAAUGUAAUUUGACACUUCAACUUACUGCGCUCUCUCCGAGUCUAUUCAGUUACUCACCCACUGACGUUGAGCCCGUUCUCAGUGGCCGUGAGGGGGGGAAGAUAUUUAAAAACAAGAGCCGAAAAUUACCUUGGACUUUCUUCGCUUAAUAACCCGGGGCAGACGACGUGAGGCGUGGAAGUGUUUCUCCUCCUGGUGUGUGAAUGGGUGGGGGGGGUCCUUCGUGGUGAAGAAUCAAGGAUUGAAAUCAACGCAGAUGAAUGGAAAGUGGAUGGAUUUUCCUGUACACUUCUUGAACGCUCCAGUUUAAUGGCUGGCAGGUAGAGGCCGAAGAGGGACAAUCAACAUGAACUCGAUUCCGUCGAUGGACAGACACAUACAGCAGACAAAUGACCGUCUGCAGUGUAUCAAACAGCACUUACAAAAUCCAGCAAAUUUCCAAACAGCAGCAACCGAGUUGCUGGACUGGUGUGGUGACCCCCGAGCCUUCCAGCGCCCCUUCGAGCAAAGCCUGAUGGGAUGCCUAACGGUGGUCAGCCGCGUAGCAGCACAGCAGGGCUACGACUUGGACCUGGGCUACCGGCUCCUGGCCGUGUGCGCUGCCAACAGGGACAAGUUCACUCCAAAAUCAGCAGCUCUUCUGUCCUCGUGGUGUGAGGAGCUGGGACGUCUCCUCCUCCUCCGUCAUCAGAAGAACAGGCAGAACGAGCCUCCGGGAAAAGUGCCCAUGCAGCCCCCUAUGAGCUCCAUGAAGCCCAGCCUCUCACACGGCAGAGAUGGGUCUUUUCCCUACGACUCAGUUCCCUGGCAACAGAACACCAAUCAGCCUCCAGGUUCGUUGUCGGUGGUCACUACAGUCUGGGGCGUGACCAACACGUCGCAGAGCCAGGUGUUGGGAAAUCCCAUGGUCAACAACAACAAUCCCAUGAACCCUGGGGGCAACCCUAUGGGCUCAGGUAUGUCUGGUAACAAUCCUGGGAUGAACUCUUCUCAGUUCCCCGGUCCUCAGCAGCAGUUCCCAAACAAAGGCAACUCCAACCAGGGCUACAUGCAGCAGGGCAUGUACGGACGACCCAACUACCCCGGAGGAGGAGGCUUUGGUGGCAAUUACCCUGGAGGGCCUAACGCUGGACCCGGAGGAAUGGGCAUCCCUCAACACUCCCGUGCUCCGUCAGACUUCACCCAGCCUGCCGCUGCUGCUGCCGCCGCGGCAGUUGCUGCUGCUGCCGCCACGGCAACCGCCACUGCCACAGCAACCGUAGCUGCCCUGCAGGAAACCCAGAACAAGGACAUGAACCAAUAUGGACCGAUGAGUUCCUCUUUCCAGAUGGGACCAAACCAGGCGUACAACAGCCAGUUCAUGAACCAGCCAGGACCCCGCGGCCCUCCGUCCAUCCCCGGGAACAUGGGCAGUGGCAUGAAUGCAUCCAGCAUGAGCGGGCCCCCCAUGGGAAUGAACCAGCCAAGGGGCCAAGGCAUGGGGCCUUUCGGGGCUCAUGGCCAAAGGAUGCCCCAGCAAGGCUAUGCAGGUCCCCGGCCUCAGGGCAUGGCUAUGCAGGGCAUGAAAAGGCCGUACCCAGGGGAGCCAAGUUAUGGUGGGCAGCAGUAUGGACCAAACAGCCAGUUCCCUAACCAGCAGGGGCCGUACCCCUCACCUAACCCCUCGAGGCCGCUGCCGUCCCCUAACUACCCGGGCCAGAGGAUGCCAGGACAGCAGCUGCAGGGCCAAUACCCUCCACCCAGUGGUGCCAUGGGCCAGUACUAUAAGCAAGAGCCACCUUUUAAUGGCCAAACAAAUAACUUCUCUGGGAGUGGAUAUCAGUACAGCCAGGGUAAUAUGAAUGGGCCGCCCAGACCGGUGGGUAACUACCCUCACUCCCCAGUGCCAGGCAACCCCACCCCUCCAAUGACCCCAGGAAGUAACAUCCCUCCAUACUUGUCGCCAAACCAGGACGUGAAACCACCCUUCCCUCCUGACAUCAAACCAAAUAUCAACGCUCUCCCUCCUCCUCCAGCCAACCACAACGAGGAGCUGCGCCUGACGUUCCCUGUACGGGACGGUGUAGUCCUAGAGCCCUUCAGGCUAGAGCAUAACCUGGCUGUUAGCAACCACGUCUUCCACUUACGGCCUUCUGUACACCAGACGCUCAUGUGGAGAUCGGACCUCGAGCUGCAGUUUAAGUGCUACCACCAUGAAGACCGUCAGAUGAACACCAAUUGGCCAGCUUCGGUCCAAGUCAGCGUAAAUGCCACACCGCUCACCAUCGAGCGGGGCGACAAUAAGACCUCCCACAAACCCCUGCACUUGAAACAUGUAUGCCAGCCAGGAAGGAACACGAUCCAGAUCACAGUCACUGCCUGUUGCUGUUCGCACUUGUUUGUGCUGCAGCUGGUCCACAGGCCCUCAGUUCGCUCUGUCCUCCAGGGCUUACUGAAGAAGAGGCUUCUGCCUGCAGAGCACUGCAUCACCAAAGUUAAGAGGAACUUCAGCAGCGUAGCAGCGUCAUCGGGGAACGCAGCGCUCAACGGAGAGGACGGCGUUGAGCAGACGGCCAUUAAGGUUUCCCUCAAAUGUCCAAUCACCUUUCGGCGAAUACAGCUUCCAGCAAGAGGCCAUGACUGCAAACAUGUUCAGUGUUUUGAUUUGGAAUCGUAUUUACAACUGAACUGUGAGCGGGGGACAUGGCGAUGUCCUGUAUGCAAUAAAACCGCGUUGUUAGAGGGACUCGAAGUGGACCAGUACAUGUGGGGAAUCUUGAACGCCAUUCAAAACUCUGAGUUUGAGGAAGUGACUAUUGACCCAACAUGUAGCUGGCGGCCGGUAGCUAUUAAAUCUGAUAUCCACAUCAAGGAGGAUCCAGAUGGACCGCUGGCCAAAAGGUUUAAGACUAUGAGCCCCAGCCAAAUGAUCAUGCCCAAUGUGAUGGAGAUGAUAGCUCAGCUCGGCCCCGGGCCGUCACCGUACCCAUUAUUAUCUUCUCAGCAAGGGGGCAACAACAGCGAAUAUGGCAGCCAAGGCAACAGUUACCAGGGGCACGGGAACUUUGACUUUCCUCACGGCACCCCUGGUGGUACAUCAAUGAAUGAUUUCAUGCACGGUCCCCAGCUGUCUCACCCACCUGACAUGCCCAACAGUCUGAUGGCCCAGGACAAGCCACUCUCACACAACAUGCCUGACUCAAUACCUCACUCUGCCGGCAAUGACCAGUCGCAUGGUCCUCUGCAGAGCUUACAUGCAUCCCCACACCCUGGGAGCCAAUCAGGGCAGCAGCUACACCACAGCGGGCCUCCUCAGCCGUCACGACAAGCUCCGCCUCCUCAGCAGCAACAGCAGCCGCCCGGCCCCAACAACCAUCCCCACGGCGACCUGGCCUUCAACCCCUCCAGCAGUUUGGACAGCCAAGCAGGGUCGGACAUGCCUGAGCCAUCUAUAGACCUUCUUCCAGAGCUCGCUAACCCAGAUGAGCUGUUGUCGUACUUAGAUCCACCCGACCUCCCGAGCAAUAGCAACGACGACCUUCUAUCGCUCUUCGAAAACAACUGAGGCAAUUCAGACACACAAAAACUUUUCUGACUGCCUGCAGUUUCCCUAAGAAACCAGGGCAGUCACUCAGUACUUGAUAAACACAAAGAUGCACUCCCUUUCUCUUCUUCCUCUUGUACAGUUUUCAUUGGCCAGCACAGAUUGACUGAAAGAGGUUAAAACUCCCAAGACACGGCGUGAUGCGGGGGGGCUGGGGGGUCUCUCCGUCCUCCUACCCCAGUGGCGAUACUUUUGAACUGUGCAGCUAUACUCAGUUGUUUUUGUUUUUUUUUACGCCACACACAGGUGUAUGUGUGCACAUUAGGAACGUCUUGUAGCAUUUUUUAUUCAUGGUUUGUUUCCUUUUGAGAAGAAAAAAGGAUUUCACUGUAUAAAACAGAAAAAAGAACUGAAAAAAAACCUGCGCUAUCUGGCCAGUGUGUGCUAUGUCCAUAUUGUUAUUCCAAUCUGAGAGGCCACAGCUUCCUGGUGUCACAGCUCCAUUCCCUGACUGGUCUGGUUAGCCACACUGUUAUGUCCACCACACAUCAUUUAAAAGCACAAGAGAUUUUGGCAAUGCAAAAAGAAUAAUCUGUUUUAACGGAAGUAUAAAAGAUCAAUUAGAUCAGCGUAUGUCUGUCCUUGACAAAAAGGUUUUUUUUUUUAAAAAUUUUAAAAGUGUUUUUGGGAAUGAUCGGCUUCCAUUUUGUCUACAAUUGUGAUACGUACAUAUUUUUGUCAAAAAGAGAUAUCCCUGUUUUUCAGUCCUUUGAGGGUUGAAAGCUGCAACGCAGUAGAUUGUGGCCCCACUAAAAGUUUAUAUUGCAUACUAAGAAUAGCAGACCUGUACUUCUACAUAUGGUAUAGUUAUCGUUCUUCUUUGCAAGGAAGUGA